CGCCAGCAACUGCGCAGACGAUGGAGACCAAGACGUUCGCGCGGCUCUUCGACGGCCUCGCAGCCGCGCCAUGGGUCCAUGGAAGCCUUCCGCAUGCUGUCCCCUUCUCCCGGCGGGUGCAUGGACGCAUGCUCGUCUGGCCGCGGGACAUGGACGCGUUCGCGGGCGGAACGAUUCCGGCAGCGGACCUUCCUCCCGAUGAGGUCACUGCCACGACGGCAACCGCAUGGAUCAAGCACCGUCUACUGCCCGACGAUGGCUUCUACCUCGAGCUCGCGCAUGGCGCGAUCGACCGGCAGGGCCGCGUCGACGUGCUCCUUCCGAUGGACCGGCCGGCCGGGUGCUUUGGAACGCUCGUCGUCUUCCCUUCGUCGACUUGCAUGGGAGGGGCCAUCACGGUGGCACACGAGAACCGUACGACUGUCUUUACCCCUCCUGCUGGAGCGUCGAGCUUCCUCGCCUUCUACAACUCUUGCACCGUUAACGUCAGCCCCCUCGUUGGGACUCGGGCCAUUCUCAUCUACCACGUGGUAUACUUGGGUCCGACGGACCGCGAUCGCUUCGUUCCAAUCGCUGCCGCGCCGCUCAUCGCGCGCUUGAAGAAGGCGGCUGCGAGCGCGAACCAGGACUCUGCAGUGUACGCAUUCAAGUGGCGGACGCGGUACGGACCCGAAUUGGACUUUUCGGCGCUCGAGCCCCACGACGCAGCCAUCGUGGACGCCCUCUGUGCGACGGAAGCGUACGACGUCGCGCUCGUCCGCGUGACCGUCCAAGGCCGCCCGGCCAAUGCUGUCGAUGCCUCCGAAGAGCAGAUGGGGCUCGAGCUCAUGACCCAGAGCUUCGAAGAGGCCGACGAGCGGUACGAGAUCCUAUCGGAGGUCCAGCACAUGGCCGGAAUCGCCUUCGUGCGCAUGGGGUUUGCCGGCCCUGCGAUCACGAUCGUCUCUGCACUCUACCACCCGGCGUGCAACGUACCCGCCGAGUUGAGCCUCGCCAAGAUCCAACUGACCGACUUUGUGGGCUCGCGGACUAUGGUUGUCCUGGCUCGUGGCGGGUCGCCGUUCCUCAUUUUUUGGCCCAAGCGCCAUCGCGCGCGACUACUCGGUUUCGAGCGCUGCAUGCAGCUGCUGUGGUCCUCGGUCGCCGAUGGUUGCAACAUGAACAGCAUCGAUGCGACCGUGUCUUGUAUGGCGCGAGGGGCCAUGGAAAUGCUGCUUGCGGGUCGCCAUGCGCUUCCAGGGCUUCAACGCGCCGAGCCCGACAGCCAUCAGAUGUGCAGCUUCCUCGCGGACCUCGGGGACAUUGCACUCAUCGCUGCGUUCAUCAACACGUACGCAAACGUCAAGAAGCACGCAUCGUGGCUCUUCGACAUGCUCGAUCGACUUGGCUGGGAGGCGCUGCGCGUCGCCGUGCUCUGGCGUCUCCGCUCGAGCCGCCUCGAGGAAGCUCUCUCGUUUCUCGGGACAUUGAUCGAAGACAACCAAUUGCGGCUACGCCAGCCGUUCGCCGUCGAGUUUCUCAAGGAAAUGUGGGCCACGGUGCGUCCGACCAGCUUCUUUCAGCUUGCUUGCAUCGAAGCGUGCCCAGCAACGCUCGUUCACGGACUCCGUAUCGAGUCGUGUAUCGUCAGCGCAUCGAAUGACAACGUCGUCGGUCCGUACUUGCGUCUCUGCUUGCCGAACAGUCUCAUUGCGCACAUCGAUGCGUUUUUGUAUCCGGCGACGCUCCUUGACAUCGUCACGGCGACCCCCCACGUCUUUGACCCGGUCGAGGUCGUCGCCAAGGCCAUUGUGCAGCUGUGCAACGAGGAGCUCUCCGUCUCGCUGCGGCCGUACAUUGCGCUGGUGCAAGUUUUCGAAGCUGGGACCUUUUAUCUUCGAGUUUAG